GUUAGACUGGGGAUCUGCGAAUUGCGGCGCCAGAGACAACACCAGAGAGGCAGCGACACCGCCUGAGUCCUAGUUCAUGAGAGGGAGUUUGAAGGUUGAGAGGAUGUACACAGUACCGGACUUUCUCUGAAUCUCUGCAUUCUUUCUCCAUUUCUGCACAUUCUGAAGGCUACCUGUAGGGUAAUACCUUGAGGGCUUUAAUCAGCUCUGAGUAGCCUUUCAACAACAGAUACCUGGCUGUGGCUGAAGAUGUCUGUGACUGGAUUGACUUGUAAUUCAUCUCGAUUUUCUUUUUAUAUACCUAAAAGAGGGUCAGGGCAUUUAUUUGGUCAAGUUUCAGCUUUUCCCCAUCAUCAAAACUCAAGGAAAAAGAUGCAACCUCUUCGCUUUGAUAGACAUUACUGGAUUGGUUUCACAGAGAAAAAUGAGGUUCUGCAAAGCCACAGUAUCUAUAAUGCAAUGGGUGCUUCUUUUGGUGAUUCAGCUGACAACUCACCUGAUGCAGUUGUUUUUCCUCGAAUCAACAUAAGGGAUCCAUAUAAACGGCUUGGAAUUAGCAGUGAAGCUUCUGAAGAUGAAAUCCAAGCUGCAAGGAACUUCCUCAUUCAUAAAUAUGCCAGACACCAGCCAAGCAUUGAUGCAAUUGAAUCAGCUCACAACAAGAUAAUCAUGCAAAAGUUCUAUGAGAGGAAGAACCCUAAGAUCAAUAUCAAGAAAAAGGUCAGGGAAUUAACUCAAUCACGGGUUGUUCAGGCUGUCAUGAGUAGGUUUCAAACACCAUCUACAAACUUUAUCAUAAAGACAGCGAUUGCAUUUGCAAUACUUGGUGCAGUAACUGUUCUCUUCCCAACGGAAGAUGGACCAACCCUUCAGGUAGCCAUCUCCCUGAUUGCCACUGUAUAUUUCAUAUAUGACCGGCUGAAGAAUAGAGUCCGAGCUAUACUAUACAGCAUUGGGGCUUUCAUCGUCUCUUGGCUCUUGGGGACAUUCUUGAUGGUAUCUGUUGUUCCACCUAUACUUCGUGGCCCAAGGAGCUUGGAAGUUUCGACUUCGUUAAUAACUUAUAUUCUUUUAUGGGUUUCAUCUACUUAUCUGAAGUAACACGAGUUCUGUCACCUGUUCUGUAUCACAUUUUUGUGGAGGAUAACAAGUGGAUAGGCCUGCUGGUUGGGCAUCAAUAUCAACAACUACAAAGCUGGUAAUCCCAUGCUGGGUUGGUUUUCCAAACAAUCCAUAGGAGAAGUUUUGAGGAAAGAGUAGCUACUUGUUUUGUUUUAGAAAAUGUAGACUCUUGAGUUGUUCUUUUUUCAGGUAUGCUGUGUAUUAUGCGGGUAGUCCCUUUUUUCAUUCCACACUUUCUUCUAUAUUGAUGAAAGGAAUGAUUUUUACAACCAUAAAGAGUUUGUGCCUUUUGUGGAACUGAUGCGUAAUUGGCUAUUGUAGAGCCAAAAAAUACAAGGAAAUCCAUCAUAGAGAUGUGUAUUUAUUUGAUGGAUGAACUCAGUUAGCACUUUUCUCAAA